UGAAGUGAAAUAUCGAAGUGUUUUCAUUCCGGCUUAAAAAAAAAAAAAAAAAACUGUGGAGUGUAAUUAAAUAACGAAUUGUAUGCCUAUCUAUGGUUAUCAAGAAUCUUAAAAUAAAUUUUUUAGAUUACUGAUUUGUGCUUGAAGCAAUUUAAUUUGAUAUGGGUACUGUUUUGGAUCUCAAAUCGAAACUUUCUCUGCUUUUCAAAGAUGUUGUUGAAAGAAAUAGUUUUGAUGAUUUUAUUGCCAACUCUCGCCAGUUACUAAAGUCUCAAAAUGAAAAUGACUUAAAAAAUAUCAUUGAACUGACUGUACGAGAAGUUCUUCUGGAAUUAAUUAUGCAGAAAACAGAUAUAAUACAUUUAGAAAGAGUUUUCCAGUUUUCCAUUGAUGCCGCUUUACGGGAUAUAGCACCUGGAAAUCUUCCAGUUCUUGUGCUUGGAGACAUGUUUGAAGCCUCUACUGUAGUUGAAUGUGAGAAAAUAUUUGCUUUUGUUGAAAGCAGAGUAGAAACUUUCAAAAAGGAUAUUUUCUUUAAGACGUGCAAAAAUCAUUUGUUAAGGUCUUGCAAUGAUUUGCUUCGGAGGUUGUCAAGAUCUCAGAAUACAGUAUUUUGUGGCCGAAUACUGUUGUUCCUAGCUCACAUAUUUCCUCUUUCUGAGCGCUCAGGUUUAAAUAUCAUAAGCGAGUUUAAUCUUGAAAAUACUACUGUAUAUACCACAAAUGAUGAAAUGUUCAGUGAUUUGAAUUCUGAAAAGGGGGAUAUUCCUGAAGAAGGAGAAAUUCCAUCAAACAGUCAAAGUCAUAUUAAUGUUGAUAUAAGCUUAUAUAGAAAGUUUUGGUCUCUUCAAGACUUUUUUCGCAAUCCUAAUACCUGUUACAACAAAAUUCAAUGGAGGCAGUUUACAAAUUUUACUUCGGACAUACUAGUUGCAUUUGGAAGCUUUAAAUCUGAUGGUUCUAGUUCAUCAAAAUGGAAAGAUGCAAAAUUAUCUUCACCUAAUGGAGCUUGUUUUUAUUUUGCCAAAUAUUUGACUAGUCCUAAGCUUUUAGAAUUGGAGCUGAGUGAUAGUCAUUUUCGCCGCUACGUACUUGUGCAAUUCCUUAUUCUUUUUCAAUAUCUGACCUCUCCAGUAAAGUUCAAACAAGAGUCAUUCGUCUUAAGUGAUGAGCAGCAAACAUGGGUCAAAGAUACCACCAAGAAAGUUUACAAACUUUUGGAAGAAACACCUCCAGAUGGACUAGCUUUUGCUGAACACAUUGAGAAAAUAUUGCAGAGAGAAGAAUAUUGGAAUGCUUGGAAAAAUGAAGGUUGCCCUGAUUUUAAACAAGUAUCUGAAAAAAUAGAUUUAGAUAAAAGGCCUCUAAAACGACCCUGGGAAUGUCAGCAAGUUAGCAAAUUUAAACCCAAUCCUGAGCUGGCAAAAUUAUUGAGCAAUACGCCUAACAACUGGGAAGCUUGUAGAUCAGCUAAAAGAAAUUUUGUUCCUUCUCUGGAAACAUUCUUUGGUGUUGCUUCUAGCAAAGCAGAUGCUACCUCUAAUUUGAAAAGAGAUUUUGAGGACAGCAAAUACACAUGGAAAGCUCUCAGACUUCUUUGUAUGAAAUCUCCUCAUAUUUUUACUGCCAGCACAUCAACAUCAAAAAGUGUUUCUGAAUAUUUAGAGUCAGUAGUUCAAAAGAUUUCUAAGGAAAAAUGUUUGGUACAACAAGAUAUUGUGACAGUUGAAGCUGCUGUAGCAGAAGAUUCCAUAGAAGAUGGAAAUGAUGAGUUUUUACAAGAAGAAGAUUCAAAAGAAGAAAGUAAAAAUUCAAAAGAAGAAGAAAAAGCUAAAAAAGAAAAUGUUUUAAACAAAGUUUUAAUUGAAACCAUCUCUGGGAAACUGCAAGACCAGUGGCAGGUACUUGCAUUAAAUCUAGGAUUUCAAGAAGAUGAAAUUGAAUAUUUUGAACAAGACUUUCCUGGGAAAAAAUUACAAACACAACAGAUGCUGACUGUUUGGAUGGAGCGAGAUGGUAGUCUAGUUGAAUUUACUAAAGUUCUUCAAAGCUGUGGCAUGCUAAACAAUGUACUUCCACAUCUUCCUGCUCAAGAAUAAGAGAGCUUAUAAUUGCAUUCUUAAGUCUGAUUUAUAUUUUGUUAAAUAUAUUGUACAUUUUCAUUGUAUAAUCUUCAUUAUUUGCCAUGUGUCCUUUGUGAAUAAAGAAAUAUCCUUUUUAA